CAUUGUAUCCCUGCUGCGUUCAGGCUGCCACUGCUUGCAGGAACCAGCUGGUCAGCAAGGCCACGCCGGAAGAAGAGCCAGUCAGCACGGCCUUUCACCCCUGUCCAUCACUCUUUGACCUCCCCUCUGCUGAGUCAAGCACCGAGGAAGGUUAUCUACCGCCAGCUCUGCUGUCUGAAUUGGCUGCUGGAGGCCUUGACUCUGGAUCGCUCUGGCAGAGUUGGCCCCCUCACUGCCUGCUGGGACCCCAAAGACCCUGGCCGAGGCAGGACCACAGUGAAGACGCUGAAAAGAGAGAGAGCCAUUGAGAAAAAAUGGGAGCAGUUUGUCUCAACCAAGCCUCGGAGAGCUCAUCCCAGGCGCCCUCUCAGCUCCUCUGCUCGCCUCCGCACCUGCAGAAAGUCUUCCUUCAGUGUGGCCUCCCUCUCGGCCCUCACCUCCACCACUGUGGGCAGCAGCGUGUCCUCUCUGGUGCCAGGCUCUGAGGAGGACACGGAGCUUUCAAGAGCAGCAGAGGAGAAAGACCGGCCUUCCUCAGAGUGUCUUCGUGCACUGCCAGAUGUCCACCAGAAAGUCAAGAAAGAGCGCCAAAGCCCACAAACCAGCAUCUUAGCAAACAGCUGUCCUGCCGAGCCCUCGUUAGCCAUCAGCCAUCUAAUCAACAUCAAGGCCACCAUGCUACUGGAGUUGAAAGCUGCCUUUGCCGAAAGGGUUGAGGAGAUGGCUCAGAGCUACGCUGACAUCCUGGAGCUCAAAGCCAGGGAGAGGUUAAGCAGCGGCCUCCAGAGGUAUCGACCCCUGUGUCACGUGGUCGAACCCCAUGGCCUUCCUCAUCAUGUGGCCUGCGUGUCCCAAGAGACGGAGGCUUCAAACAACAACAAUAAAAACAAGCACAGCAACAAUAUGUGGCUGUCCACUCUGCUGAGCAGACUGCCCAAGGAGGUGUGCAGGGAGCGUGGGAUAAGCCGGGUGCUGGAGAAGCUGAGUGGUUUUGCACAUCAGCAGACCCUCAGGGUUCGACCUCAGCUCUUCCUGAAGGUGCUGGGGGGUCUGGAGCCGUGGGAGCUCUGCCUGCCUGAGCUGUGUGUGGCCAUCCAGAUUGCCACAGAGCAUGUGGUCCAGAUCCCCAGGGAGGAGUACGAUGCCUGGCUGCGUUCUAGGGUCAUAGUGCCAAUGCAAACACCAGGUGAACCAUACUCAUUAAGACCUUGAGGAAGGUUAUAGGCAUGGACAAAUGGAUAAGGAGAACACAGGCACACCAGAGUUCAAGCUCAAGGCUGAAAUAGCCUAAAUUAAUUUUAAGAAUAAUGGGGCAAAAAAUUAUGAGUAAAAGUGAUAUGUAGGGGUAGUUUGCAUGUCAGCCUGUUCUCUUGACUGGAAAAUAGAAGACGUUUCUUCCAUACUGAAAGCAGAAGGGGAAAAUGUCAACCUGACAACAAUUAGUAACAAAUAACACAAAAAGAAACUCAGCAACUACAAGCUGGAAGACAUAAUCGUUAUUAUUUCAUAGUUAAAUGAAAUUUGCCAAAGAAAAGGAACAACUAGAUGAAAGGUUUAACAGUUUUUACACUAAUAGGCACAUGGGCACACUUGUAAAGGUAGGAAUAAACAUUGAGAUACAGGCGCACACAACAAGGGGGAAGCGGGAGGUAAGUAAGUAUGUCUCCAGUGAUAAGUUAGCUUUUCUGUAUGUGGCACUCUUCUUUAUCUGUUCUAUCCUGGCAGCCAUUACUGCUCAUGCUGGCUACCCAUUUCUUCUUUUAUUUAUUCCAAAUAAACCGCUAUACUUGCCAAAUGUAAAAUUCAUUGUAAAUCCCACCCCUUCCUGUUUGAAAGAACAUUUGUCCUGGAAAGACCUAUUUGACUCAGUGUUUACGCCACCAAAUGUACUGCAAAAGCAGAAGUGGCUAGGUUGAAUCACAUACAGUACCAGUUUGUAGAGAUCAGUGAAACAGACAUGAAAAUAUAACAGGCCAGUAUUUGAAAGUUUUUCUGCUAAAGUACAAGCCACAGAUGACCGAAACAAUCCAAGGGAUAAUGGAUAAACAAUCUAAUACACUAGCACUCAGUCGAACUUUCACAGUGAACUUUGAUCUCCUGAUGGGGUUGCGAAUAAAAGAGGUUGACCCUCAACUGUGCCUGUUAGAUAAGAUAAGAUUUACUCACUUGCUUUGAUCACCAUUUUGGACAAGUUGAAAGUUAAUAUGAGUGAAAAUCAUAUUUUGUGACUUUGAAUGUUUGAACCUAAUGUGGUUGAGAUGCACUUAUAGACAAAUAAACAGAUAAAUAUUA